AUGACCUAUUACGACCAAGCCUGCCUAGACGCCCUGGUGUCCGCCCUCCUUGAUCCAGCUGCCCCCUCGAACGAGACACCCGGCCCCGACGCGGCGGGCGCCGCACCGCAGGCGCCCCCGCUGCGGGCGCUCGCGCCGUCUGCGGCCGUGGCUGCCGCGCACGCGCUCUCGCGGCUGGCGGCGCCGUGCCCGCGGCUGCUUGAGGGGCUGCUGCGGCUGUCAGAGGAUGAUGCAUGGCUGUCGCAGCUGAACGCGAGGGGGCUGUGCAUGCUUGCUUGGGCGGCAGUGAUGCAGGCGGUCCUGCUGGAUGAGCAGCAGCAGCAGCAGCAGCAGCAGCAGCAGCAGCAGCACCGCCCACCGCCCUGGGCGGCCUGCGACGUGCUCUGCACGCGGCAGCAGCAGGAGCAGCAGGAGCAGCAGGAGCAGCAGGAGCAGCAGGAGCAGCAGGAGCAGCAGGAGCAGCAGGAGCAGCAGGAGGAGCAGGGCAACCACGACGAGUUCAAGAAUGAAGCCGUUUUGCAGCUGCUCGAGAGGUGCCAGGCGGCAUGGGGUGCCUCUCAUGCGGUCAAGGCCGUCUCCAAGAUGCAGAGGGAGAUAUGGCAGUUCUUUCGGGACGAGUGCGGCCUCGAAGCGUCGCUGGAGCACCCGGCCACGGCCGGCGCCGGGGACGGGGGCCUCACCAUCGACGUGGCCGUCGAGGCGCCCUCGGCACGCCACUUGCUGCGCGCCCUCAGCGGCGGCGGCGGCGGCGCCGGUGCGCCAGUCGAGGGAGCGGACGGCGGCGGCGUGGAGAUUGGCGACAGCGGCGGCGGCGUGAGGGUGGCGGUCGAGGCGGACGGCCCGACGCACUUUGCUGCAAACGACGCCUCGCGCCGGCUGGGGCCGACCGUCGCGCGCGACUGGCUGCUGGCGCGGCUCGGGUGGCGUGUCGCGUCCGUUCGAGAGUGGCCGGCCGCGAGCGAGGGCGCGAGGCGGCGAGGGGUGCUGCUUGAAAGCGUCUCGGCGGCGCUGGGGGCUACACUUGGGGCUUCGUUUGGCGAGCCGCCAACAUUUACGAAGAUCUGA